GAGAUGGAAUUUUACAUCAUCUUAUUUUGCAUCUCCAUCUUCUUCCUACUUUUGAAGCCCUUAUUCCACCGCUCCAAGACUUUAAACCUUCCUCCAGGCCCCAUUGGCCUACCGAUACUCGGCUCCAUCCAUUCCCUAGGCUCUCAUCCAAACCAGUCCCUCGCGGAGCUUGCCAAAGUCCAUGGCCCCAUCAUGACUCUCCGCCUAGGCUCCAUCACAACUAUCGUACUAUCCUCCCCUGAAAUGGCGAAACAAGUCCUCCAAACUCAUGCUCAAUCCUUCUCCGACCGCCCGAUUCCCGAUGCUAUUGCUUCCAUGCCCAACCUCGAAACCUCCUUGGUAUGGGGCCCUAGUGAUGACAAUAGGUGGCGGAAACUCCGUGGAAUAUGCAGCACCCAGUUGUUCAGUGGACAAAAACUCAACUCUCUACAAUACCUACGCUACAAAAAAGUUGAGCAACUUAUUCAACAUAUCAAAAAACAUUGUGAAAUUUCAAAUACCCAAGUUAAUAUAGGUCAAGUUGUUUUCGCUACUACUUUGAACUUGAUUUUCAGUACCAUGUUUUCAAUUGAUAUUGUUGACCCGGAAUUUAGUAGAGCUCAAGAGUUAAAGGAUCUGGUGUGGAAGACAGUGGAGAACGCAGGGAAACCAAAUUUAUCAGAUUAUUUUCCGGUGCUGAAGAGGUUUGAUUUGCAGGGAGUAAGAAAGCGUGCAAGGCUGCAUUAUGACGGGAUGCAUCAGAUAUUUGACGACAUGAUUGAUAAACGAAUGAAGGCCAGAGCACUAGAUUCAACCACCAGGAAUGGUGAUUUCUUGGACGUGCUUCUUGAUCAAUGGGAAGAAAACAGAUCAAUUCUCAAUCGUGAAAUAAUCAAGCCUUUGAUCCAGAACUUGUUCAUUGCUGGAAGUGAGACAUCUGCAACAACUACAGAGUGGGCAAUGGCAGAGCUUCUUCGAAAUCCCCAAGUUAUGCAAAAGGCAAAGAAGGAACUCCUUGAAGUUAUUGGCUCGGAAAGAACUGUGAAAGAAUCAGACAUAGAUGAACUCCCAUAUCUCCAAGCUGUUGUAAAAGAAACCCUGCGGCUGCACCCAGCAGCCCCUCUCCUCUUACCAUAUAAAGCAAGGACUGAUGUAGAAAUCUGUGGUUACACCAUACCGAAGGGAGCUCAUGCUUUGGUGAAUAUAUGGGCUAUGAACCGAGACCCAAAGUAUUGGAAUCAGCCCCUUACAUUUGCCCCAGAAAGGUUCAUUGGGUCGAAAAUAGAUUAUAAAGGUGGAAGCUUUGAGUUUAUACCGUUUGGAGCAGGGAGAAGAUUGUGUCUUGGGUUGCCUCUUGCUACUCGGAUGGUGCAUUUGAUGUUGGCUUCCAUGAUCCUUUCAUUUGAUUGGCAACUUCCUCAGGGGAUCAAUCCAGAAGACUUGGACAUGCAAGAGCAUUUUGGUAUGACUUUGAAGAAAGCUGUACCGCUUUAUGCUAUCCCUGUUAUGAAAACUUUUGAUUAAACAUGGAGAGAGAGCAUGUUAUCAGUACAACCCUAUUUUGUCUGACAAAAGCUUCCUAAAUAAACUUAUUUUUUUUUCUUUAA